UACACACACACACACACACGUUGUGCGCACGCGCACAAAUUCACACAAGCAGCCACAGGCGCGUGCUCAAGAGGCAGAGGCAAGAUUCAGGACCAUGAAGACCCGACUGGGCUGCCUGUCCAACAAGUCUGACUCAUACAGCGACUUCUCCGAGUUCCUGCCGCCUGCCGAUGUAACAGCUGCCAGAAUUUCAACGGCUGAGGUGGUCCAGUGGUCAGAAUCAUUUGACCAACUUCUUUCUCACAAAUACGGCCUCUCUGCCUUCCGGGCCUUUCUGAAGACGGAGUUCAGCGAUGAGAACAUUGAAUUCUGGAUGGCGUGCGAGGACUACAAGAAAAAUAAGAGUUCAACCAAGUUGGUGUCCAAAGCAAACAAGAUCUAUAUGGAAUUCAUUGAUGUCCAGGCCCCCAGAGAGGUGAACAUUGACUACGGCACCAGGGAGAGGACUAGACAGAGCCUAGAAGACCCGUCCCCCAGCAGUCUGAACGAGGUCCAGGCCAAGGUCUACGGCCUCAUGGAGAAAGACUCAUACCCACGCUUCCUCAGGUCUUCAAUGUACCAGGACAUUGUAAACAGGACUCACGCGCACAACCAACGGAGAUCGGUCUGACCAAGGCCUACACACACCAGCAUGGACAAACCAAAAGUAAUACCAGUGGACCAAGUACAGCACCUCUAAAUAUAUAUGUGUGUUUAUGUGUGUAUGUGUUAAAGACUACAUCUUCAAUUUUCUGAACUUACUGUGAAUUUUGGAUAGAACGGGUUAAAGAGAGUGAGAGGAAAUUGAUUGAUUAAAAUGUGUUGGUUGGCUGCACUAAUAGGAACGUAACACUAGAGAUAUAGUAUUAUUAUUCACAUUCACACAAAAGAGAGUCAAAGGAUAAUAUCCACAUUCUUGAAAGAACAAUAGUAUUUGAGGUAACUGAGAUAAUAAAAUGGCUUAU